AUGAAAUAUUCGAUUUCGGGUUGUAGUGAAAAAUUUGAUUUCAGGAAUACGCCAGCUGCAAUUCCGCACUUCACGCAGUAUUACGCGUCCGCAAUACCGGCCGGUACGGCGGGCGGCACGAACGUGAGCGUUGGCGGAGUGCAGGAUUACAUGGUUGGGGGACGGUAUAGCGCUGCGACAGCCGGUGGCAAUAGCGCUGCGGCAGCGCAACAACUGCUGCAGUUCUCGGCGGCGACGCCUCAAACCGCGAUGGCCGCGCAAAUCCAAGCCUAUUCCACGCAACAAGCCGCAGCCGCGGCC